AUGGCGUUCCUCGCCUCGGCGCCGGCGCUGGCGCAGGCCUUCGUGGCGCCACUUGCCCAGCCGGAGCUCCACAGAGGCCCCGCGGGCGGUCCCAAGCCCGUGCGCGCAACGGCCACGGGCUGCGUUGGCAGUGCCCUGCCCUGGUGCCUGGCCGCUGCAGCGGCGUCUUUUUCGCUGUCCCGCUCUUCCCGGACGGCCAUGCGGGGGCUGAAGGACCGGGUCAAGAAGGACUUCAGCGUGAAGAGCGCGAUGAUCCGGAGGCUGGGCAAGUGGCGGCUGAUGAAGGAGUUCGACAUGCGGAAGCAGAUCCGUGAGAACCCCGACAUGGCCAAGCGCUGCGGGAAAUCCCAGGAGGCGCUCAUCGAGGACUUCAACAAGGCGGCAAACUACCUGACGACCACGCUGGGUCUGGAGGAUCAGAGCGCCGAGAUCUGCAUCUCAAAGGUGUCCACGGGGUUGAACAUGCAGUUCCUGGGAAAGCCGAACAUCCCCUCGAAUGAGGACAUGGCCCAGGUCAUGGACUGGCUUGUCGAGAACUUGGCCGUCGCCAGGGAGGACGGCUCUCUGAAGAGGGUGGUGGAGCAGUACCCGUUCAUGCUUGGGCGCAGCAUCGAUGAUUUGGAAGAGUCCCAGAAUUUCUGCCCGGAAGACAUCGACUUCAAGGUUGCAGUUGCAGAUGAUCCUGCAUUGAUCGACAAGACCUACAACUGCCAGGGCAUCUGCGCGUCCCAGUGCGUGUCCUGCUGGUACAACGGCUGA